AAUAGAUUAUCCAAUUUUCAUGGUUAGACCAAAUAAUAAAAUUUGUGUUUUUAGUGAAUAACUAGUAUGGCUUUUCUCGUCCAAGGAAGAAAUGUGCUAUAAUUUAAAGAAUUAGCAUGGCAAUUGGCAAAAACACUAGCCAAGCCUACACUAAAAGAUCAGUAUACAUCGACUAUAAUCUUGGCUCGAUCAUGAUUGAAUUUGGGUAUUUUUUUUUUUUAAAAAAAAAAAAAAUCAAAUUCAUUGAAUAUCUUUCAUAUAUCUUUAUUCAGAUUAGCUUGAAUUGGUCGACUCUCGCUGUGAAGAAAAGUCCGUGACAGAGCCCCAAGAGACGAGAUAUCCUCAACCGACCUGUAUAUCUCUAAUUUCCAAGUCAAAUUAAAAGACCAGUCAAGGUGGAAUUAUUCUUAGCAUAAUUUUCCAAUUUGGUGGGAUUGACAUUUGAAGCAAAACAAGUUUGCCAAAUCUUUAGUGCUUUCUCUUCCUAGAAAUUCCAUUUGCAUUUUAAGCAACAGGUAUCAAAACCUCUAUUCUCAAGUUCUUGAAAAUGUUGUCCCUCCGAAAUCUGCAUCAUACAAAAGAAUUUUUCAUCCCAGUAGCCACUUUCGCUGUUUCCACUGUUCUUCUUCAUAGCCUUUCCAAAAUUUUCAUCCCUUGCAAUAUCCGAAAAUAUAUCUUCCCCAGCCUCCGCAGCCCUUCCUGUCAUCCCUCCUCGCAGUUAUUCACUAUAGUUAUAGAAGAAGAUAAAAAGCAUCAACUUAACCAAUUGUUUCAGGCUGUUAAUGCCUAUUUGAGCUCCAUAGUGAACAAAUCCAAUCGCAGAGAGAGCCAAGAUCAGGAAAUACAUGAUGUUUUUCAAAGUGUACAGGUAAGUUGGAAAUUGGUUUUUACUAAGAUUGGAUCCUUCGACAGUAGGAUUCAGUAUGCAACUGAAGAAUCUGAAAUAAGAUCUUACGUGCUAACUUUUCACAAGGAGCACAGAGAGACAGUGCUGAAUUCGUAUUUGCAUUACAUUUUGGAGCACAAAGAAGAAAGAAAGAUUCAAAAGUUUCGGUUGUCUGGUAUUCGUCACUUGAACUGGCAGCCUGAUGAAACAUUUGAUCGCUCAAUGACAUUCAAGACUCUUGUAUUGGAUUCAGAGCUUAAGAGAACAGUGUGGGACGAUUUGAACACGUUCUUGAAUGCCAAGAAAUUCUACGGAAGGAUUGGGAAAGCAUGGAAACGGAGGUACUUUUUACAUGGUCCUCCUGGCUCUGGCAAAUCAACCUUGAUUACAGCCAUGGCUAAUUACUUAAACUAUGACAUCUACGAGCUAGAUCUGGCAGAUGGAGAUUUUCCAUCCCAUUUUAAUUACAGCUUUUUCGCUGAUAGAGUCCCUAAUCGAUCUAUACUUGUGAUAAAGAAUGUUGAUUCAAGAACUCUGCUACAAACAGGGAAUCCUGAUCAAAAUGAGGAAAUGCAGAAGCUGCUCCAUUUGACUGAUGGACUCUGGUCAUGCUGCCGCAACGAACGCAUCAUCAUUUUCACAGCAAGUUGCGAGGAAAGUGUUAGUCCAGCUCUCAGAAGGCAUGGACGCAUCGACAUGAGCAUUCACAUGCCUUAUUGCAGCAUCUCUACAUUCAAGCAAUUAGCUUUCCAUUAUCUUGAAAUUCAACAUCACGAGCUGUUUCAAGAGAUUGAAGGGCUCCUAGUGGAUGCUGAAGUGACUCGGGAAGAAGUCUUGGGAGAGCUGAUGAAGAGUAGUGAUGUGGAAGAUUCUUUCCAAGGUCUUGUUGAAUUCCUUCACAGGAAGAGAUUGAAGAUGGAUGAAGCUGAGACUAGUAGAGUAGAGGCCAAAGAAUAGAAUUGGAAUUUGGAAGAGAGAAGAAAACCAUUGACACGGAUUACUAAUACAAUUGCUUAAUUGGAGUUUGAUUUCAUCAAGCAGAAGAGAGAUUAUAAGAUUAAUUGUUGUUAUUGUAAACUCGACCUAGUUUUAAAAAAAUAUAUACUAAAAGCUUACUAAAUUUAACGUGCAUUACAAUGUAAGGGAUAAAGUCAUACAAUAGAUAAGACUCUCAUAGCUGUUGCACAAUUUCAAACAAACACACAAUUUGUAAUUUAGGGAUUUUUUUUUUUUUUCAUAUCUUGUAUUUAAAGACCCAACAAAAUGGAAAAUUGCACGUAAUUGUAAUUACAUAAAUUUUGGGAAAACAGAAAGAACUACUUGCAAAAUGAAUGAAGUAAAUAAUAGAAUUGAACGGGUA